UUAUGUUUUUUUUUAUGUUGAAAAUUUAAAAUUGUAAAUUUUAUUCUAUGGCCGAGAUCAUUGGUGGUAUUUAUCGCCAAGAACCAAUCAGUUUUUGGAGUGAAUUUGAGUGGAAGCAUUUUGGCUGGCACCAUAAUGCGCGCGAGGAUUUCUUUAAAUCUCAAUGGCAAAGGUCAGAGAAAUCGUACGGUUUUCUAUUUUACCGUUGGUUUUUGGCUAUCAUUUUCGGCAUUAUUUUCCUUGUACACAUUAUCAAAUACUUUGGUAAGGGAUACUGGUUCAUUUAUUUCACUCAUUGGGGAUUUACGUUAUGUGCCGUAACUACUCUAACUGGCGCUCUCUAUGUGAGCACGUAUCAUGUAGCUCCAGCGAGAAUGAUUCGUCAAACUGCAUUAGCUAACAGCUAUUGGGUCAGUUCCAUCACCAAUCUGGUUAUUUCGUAUGCCAUUAACCUAUUGUAUUGGCUAACUGUUUUUCCGUACGAAAAAACCGGAAACAGGCCCCUCAAAGUGAAUACGUUCUUCAAUAUAUGGUCGCAUGUAUUGCCCUCGUUGGUGAACACAAUUGAUCAUAUGGUUGUUGCACAUCCAACUCGUGUGUUCCAUUUCAUUUAUCCGCUUAUUUUCGGUAUGUUCUAUGUGCUGUUUACAAUAACCUUUUAUUGCGUCGGUGGCACGGAUCCCCUUGGCAGACGGUUUAUCUAUAAAGUCUUGGACUUCAGCACUAAGCCCUUGCAAGGGAUCGUCACUGUUUGUAUGAUAAUAUGUAUCCUGAUGUCCUGUACGAUCCUGCAAUACUUCUUUUAUAGAAUGCGGGUCGGUAUUGCUCGUAAGAUGAAAAGAUUGCAGUAGUCCAACUAUCUGAUGAGACAAGUGAAUAAAUUUACCAG